CGCAUAAAUUCCAGUGGUGUGUGACGCUGCCCCGACCGCUGAGGUGUGAUAAAACCGAUAUUGUUUGACCUUUUUCGGUUUAUAUUUCAUUUAAGUUAGGAAUUUCAAUUUUUCUGACAUUAUGUCCGAACCUCAGUGUAAAAGAAGCAAGAUGCCGAACUCCCUGGAACAGCUGAAGGAGCUUACGACUGUGGUCGCUGACACAGGCGAUUUCGAAGCUAUGAAACAGUACAAACCAACUGAUGCCACGACGAAUCCUUCCUUAAUUUUACAAGCGGCCACUUUACCUCAGUAUAAACAACUGGUAGAAAAAGCUGUGAAGUAUGGAUAUAAAACCGGAAGUAACGCGGAAGACAGACUGGAAGCUGCAAUGGAUAAGCUGUUUGUUUUAUUUGGGGUUGAAAUUUUGAAGAUUAUCCCGGGACGUGUUUCUACUGAAGUCGACGCGAGGUUGUCUUUUGACAAAGAAGCCAGCAUUACAAAGGCGAAAAGAAUUAUUGAGCUUUAUGAAGAAGAGGGCAUUAAAAAAGACCGGAUUUUAAUUAAACUUGCUUCAACGUGGGAAGGCAUUCAAGCCGCUAAAGAAUUGGAGCAAAAACAUGGAAUUCAUUGUAAUUUGACGUUACUUUUUUCAUUUGCACAGGCUGUUGCAUGUGCAGAAGCUGGUGUUACCCUUAUUUCUCCGUUUGUGGGACGAAUUUUGGACUGGCAUGUUGCAAAUACAGACAAAAAAUCUUUUUCAGGGGAAGAAGAUCCUGGUGUAAUAUCAGUAAAAAAAAUUUACAACUAUUAUAAGAAAUUUGGAUAUAAAACAAUCGUAAUGGGCGCAUCAUUUCGUAACGUAGAGGAAAUAAAGGCUCUUGCUGGUUGUGAUUAUCUUACAAUAAGCCCGAAGUUACUGGGAGAGCUCGAAGGUAGCAAUGACGUUCUUAAAAAGCAGCUUAGUGAAGAAAAUGCGAAAAGGGCGCAAAUUGAAAAAAUUACUUUAAAUGAAGCUGCUUUCAGAUGGAUGCACAAUGAAGACGUUAUGGCUACUGAUAAGUUAGCCGAUGGUAUCAGAAAAUUUGCCGCUGAUGCAAUAAAAUUAGAAAACUCUAUCAAGGAACUUUUAAAACAAGCUUCUAAAAAGUAAUAUCGUCUGAUUUUUGCGAUAUUUUUUGGUAUCAUUUAUUUGGGGUGAUUGAUUGUGUGAGAAAAAUAAAGUGCAUUUGUUAAGUUA